AUCCUCGUCGCAGCAUCCAGUGAACAGUGCGGAUCAGUUCUUGUGGUGAAGCCAUUGCGAUGAAGUGGAGUGCAGUUUGUCUAGUGGCAGUGGCCACGCUUGGCUGUCUGUGUGAUGCUCAGAAUUACAACGAAAAACCAGGGUGGCCACCCAUCCAGAAACCACCGUCGUGGCCUCCCCAACCCCCUCAGAGGCCUGCCCAACCCCCUCAGUGGCCUGCCCAACCCCCUCAGAAGCCUGCCCAAUCCCCUCAGUGGCCUGCCCAACCCCCUCAGAAGCCUGCCCAACCCCUUCAGAGGCCUGCACAGCCCCUUCAGAGGCCUGCACAGCCCUCUCAGUGGCCUGCCCAACCCCCUCAGAGGCCUGCUCAACCCCAGCAGUGGCCUGCCCAACCCGCUCAGAGGCCUGCCCAACCCCCUCAGAGGCCUGCUCAACCCCAGCAGUGGCCUGCCCAACCCGCUCAGAGGCCUGCCCAACCCCCUCAGAGGCCUGCUCAACCCCAGAAGUGGCCUGCCCAACCCCCUCAGAGGCCUGCUCAACCCCAGCAGUGGCCUGCCCAACCCCCUAGGCAGCCUCAGAAGCCUAACUUACCUUCUGACCCGAUAGGCCCAGGCUCAAAGCAGAGCUGUGAUGUUGAGGGCCCCCACAAGGUGCAGUGUGGACUUCCUGACAUCACUGCUGCCCAAUGUGAGGCCAUCAACUGCUGUUUUGAUGGGCGGAUGUGCUUCUAUGGAAAAGCAGUGACUGUUCAGUGUACCAAGGAUGGCCAGUUUGUUGUGGUGGUGGCCAGGGAUGCCACUCUGCCCAAACUGGAUCUGGAGUCCAUCAGCCUGCUGGGGGGAAACGGAGCCCACUGCACCUCUAUCGGCACCACUUCUGUCUUCGCCAUCUACCAGUUUAAAGUCACUGAAUGUGGAACUGUCAUGACGGAGGAAACUGAUACUAUUGUCUAUGAGAAUAGGAUGUCCUCUUCAUAUCAAGUGGGGGUUGGCCCCUUUGGCUCCAUCACCAGGGACAGCCACUAUGAUCUAAUAUUCCAGUGCAGAUAUAAGGGCAGCACCAUUGAGGCUCUGGUUAUUGAGGUGAAGCAGGUGCCUCCCCCAAUUCCUCCGAUAGCUCCUGGACCCCUCACAGUUGAGCUCAGACUGGCCAACGGAGUAUGCCUCUCCAAGGGAUGUAAUGAAGAGGAGGUGGCCUACAACUCUUACUACACAGAGGCAGACUACCCUGUCACCAAGGUCCUCAGGGAUCCCGUGUACACCGAGGUUCGCAUCCUGGCGAGGACAGAUCCCAACAUUGUGCUGACCCUGGGUCGCUGCUGGGCCACCACAACCCCCAACCCUCUCAGCCUGCCCCAGUGGGAUCUUCUCAUUGAUGGAUGUCCCUACCAGGAUGACCGUUACCUGACCAUUCCCAUCUCUGUGGGAGCCUCUUCGAGUGUGUCCUUCCCAACCCACUACAGGCGCUUCGUUCUUAAGAUGUUCACCUUUGUGGAUCCAACAUCUAUGUCCCCCCUGAGGGAGACGGUGUUCAUCCAUUGUAAUACAGCUGUGUGCCAGCCAUCCAUUGGAGACAACUGUGAACCAAGAUGCUUCAGAAAGAAGAGAGACACUGCUGCUGCAGUUCAGAAGAGCACCAGAGUCAAGUCUGUUUUGGUUUCCAGUGGCGAACUGAUCCUGACUGACCCAAGGGAGCUCACAAGCUAGAAAAUCGUUUGAAUGAACUCCAGCACUUUGUCACCUUGGUGCUUUCGGUUGUCAUGAUGACUUCACAGUCAGGGAUGUGCAAAUAAAUCUGACUGUUUUCAAA